CCCUUCGCGCAGGGACGCGCCGGCGGACUUGGCGAUGCACGCCCUCACCGGCUUCUCUCUGGUCAGCCUGCUCAGCUUCGGCUACCUGUCCUGGGACUGGGCCAAGCCGAGCCUCGUGGCUGACGGGCCCGGGGAGGCGGGCGAGCAGCCCUCGGCCGCUCCACCGCAACCUCCCCAUAUCAUCUUCAUUCUCACCGACGACCAGGGUUAUCACGACGUGGGUUACCAUGGCUCAGAUAUUGAGACCCCUACACUGGACCGGCUGGCAGCCGAGGGCGUCAAGUUGGAGAAUUAUUACAUCCAGCCUAUCUGCACACCUUCUCGGAGUCAGCUUCUCACUGGCAGGUACCAGAUCCACACAGGUCUCCAGCACUCCAUCAUCCGCCCUCGCCAGCCUAACUGUCUACCCCUGGACCAGGUGACACUGCCACAAAAGCUGCAGGAGGCAGGUUACUCCACUCACAUGGUGGGCAAAUGGCACCUGGGCUUUUACCGAAAGGAGUGCCUGCCCACCCGGCGGGGCUUUGACACCUUCCUGGGCUCGCUCACAGGCAACGUGGACUACUAUACCUAUGACAACUGUGAUGGCCCCGGGGUGUGUGGCUUCGACCUGCACGAGGGUGAAAGCGUGGCCUGGGGACUCAGUGGCCAGUACUCCACCAUGCUCUAUGCCCAGCGCGCCAGCCACAUCCUGGCCAGCCACAACCCCCGGCGGCCCCUCUUCCUCUACGUGGCCUUCCAGGCAGUGCACACGCCGCUGCAGUCUCCUCGCGAGUACCUGUACCGCUACCGAAGCAUGGGCAACGUGGCCCGGCGGAAGUACGCAGCCAUGGUGACCUGCAUGGAUGAGGCUGUGCGCAACAUCACUUGGGCCCUCAAGCGCUAUGGCUUCUACAACAACAGUGUCAUCAUCUUCUCCAGCGAUAAUGGUGGCCAGACUUUCUCAGGUGGCAGCAACUGGCCACUCCGAGGACGCAAGGGCACUUACUGGGAAGGUGGUGUGCGAGGCUUGGGCUUUGUCCACAGCCCCCUGCUCAAGCGAAAACGCCGGACCAGCCGGGCACUGGUGCAUAUCACCGACUGGUACCCAACUCUGGUGGGUCUGGCUGGUGGCACUGCAUCGGCAGCUGAUGGGCUAGAUGGCUAUGAUGUGUGGCCAGCCAUCAGCGAAGGCCGGGCUUCGCCACGCACAGAGAUCCUGCACAACAUUGAUCCGCUCUACAACCACGCCCGGCACGGCUCCCUGGAGGGUGGGUUUGGUAUUUGGAACACCGCUGUGCAGGCCGCCAUCCGUGUGGGUGAGUGGAAGCUGCUGACGGGAGACCCCGGCUAUGGUGACUGGAUCCCUCCACAGACACUGGCUGCCUUCCCAGAUAGCUGGUGGAACCUGGAGCGCAUGGCCAGCGUCCGCCAGGCUGUGUGGCUCUUCAACAUCAGCGCCGACCCUUACGAACGAGAGGACCUAGCUGGCCAGCGGCCUGAUGUGGUCCGCACCCUGCUGGCUCGCCUGGCCGACUAUAACCGCACCGCCAUUCCUGUGCGCUACCCGGCUGAGAAUCCCCGGGCUCAUCCUGACUUUAAUGGGGGUGCUUGGGGGCCCUGGGCCAGUGAUGAGGAAGAAGAGGGAGAAGAGGAGGAGGAAGGCAGGUCUCGAAGCUUCUCCCGGGGUCGCCGCAAGAAAAAGUGCAAGAUUUGCAAGCUUCGAUCUUUCUUCCGUAAACUCAACACCAGACUGAUGUCCCACCGGAUCUGACGGGUGGGGGUGGCAGGGAUCUUCAUUGCCCUGAAUAGACUUACCCCCUUCAGUCUGGCCCUACUCAUUCUCAGGGAGAAGCCUGAGGUCAAGCCUAUAUGUGAAGGGUAGGAGGGUGCAGAACUGUUCAGCUGAACAGGUUGGGAACAUGGCUGGGGUGGGGGUGGGAAUAAACCAAACUGGGAGGCCUGGGUCCCAAUCCUGCCUCUUCACUGACUUGCUUUGUGACCUCAGGUGACCUACAUGAGCUUUUAUCCUCAGUUUCCUCAUCUGUAAAAUGAGGUCUCGUGACUUUGUGACUGCUAUGCACCUUGUACCUGGGGAUAUAGUGGUGCCCUUGCCCCCUUGAAGCUUAUGGAAAGGCCUUCCCCUUCACUCUGGGCCUCUGUGGUGCUGCUUGGGUGACGGGCCACAGGGAGGCAACUCCAGGCCAGACCCUAGCUGGGGCAUGGUGGGCUGGCUACUCUCUAAAGAGACCCGUGAGAGCUGAGGGUAAAGGUGCCAGGUAGGGGGGGCCCUCAUGUGGCCUGGGCCCUCAUGUGGCCUGGGCAGUCCUGGUGCCAGAUGGCACUGGGAACCAUGCUGGAAAGCUCUUCUUUCUGCCUCUAGGCACCCAGAGAAGUUAUCUGGGCCCUAACCUACUAUAGUAUCAAAAGUGGCAGAAACAACUGUGAAAAGAGCCCCAGAACCAGUAUUUUCUUUGACCUUGGCGUGGUCCUUUCGCUCUGGGCCUUCCUUUCCCUAUCUGCACAUGGAGAUGCAGUCCUGGCUCUGCCUACCUCCCAGGGCUGCAGAACACUGGCCAAGCUACAGGUCACGGAGGAGCCCAUGAACCUGAUUAAAGUGCCCUGACACAGAGGCAAGGGAUGCAGUGCAGUCUGUGAGCACAUGUGUGGGUACAGGUGUGUGUGCAUGUGCGUCCUGAGGGCAGGUGUGAGCUCACGGUUGA